GUCGAUAAAAAUAAAAUCAAGUGGUAAUAGCUGUCUUAGAUUUGUUAGAAGUCAUUCAAUAAUUGCAUGGCUACAGGUUGCUCAUUAGGUGAUUUUGAGAGGCAUGCCUUGGCCCCCAACCAUUUAGAAAGAGGUGAAGUUUGACUUUGCUUGUUCACUCUUGAGGUCUAUUAUCAGACUUUGAAGAUUUCUCUCAUACUUUCUUUUACCUUAGGGUUUGAGGUAAAAUCAAGAUAUCGAUGAAUAUUUAGAGUGUAAUUGAUCAUUCAAAUUGUCUUUGCUUGUAGGAUCAUGCCUUAAAGAGUGGUCCUUCAGCUAGAAAUGCAUUUGGUUGAAUGAGAAAUAACCAGUAGAAUGGUCAUAAUGGUAGCCUUAAGCCAAGAUUUUUGCCUAUUGAAUGGGCUGUUGUUUUUAUCCUGUCUUCUCCUUAACUCCUCCGAAUUCUGAACUUUUCUUACUCAUGGGAACAAUUUUGAGGCACAUUAUAAUUGGUUGCCUCCCUGCGUCCUGAGACCUCUACAAAUAUGUAAUUGCCUUAGAAUAUAUAAAACCCUGACAUAAAGCUUUUACCUCUUGAAUAUGUUGUCACUGAAAUAAUUAAGGUGAAAUGAGCCCGUUGUUUAUACAAGAUGAAAUAAUUUAUAAAUAGUUGAUGAAAUCACAGAUAAAAAAAUGCGUUAGAAAUAGCUGUGUUAUUCCAAUGGUAUGAAAAUUCUGUAUAUAUUUUUUUUAUAACUGACACUUUUUUGACAACAGUUGAAGAGGACAUAGCCAAAAAACAAACCACCAAGCGACCUUCUGAGCAACCUCUAUCUGAUGUUGCUCCUCUCUCUCCUAAACUCCCCCGAACAGAGAUGCAUGCCUCUCAAGUUGAGGAAGAGGUAACCAAAAAACAAACUACUAAGCGACCUUCUCAUCAACUUCUCUCUGAUGCUGCUCCUCUCUCUCCUAAGUUCCGCAAAACAGAGAUGCAUGCCUCUCAAGAAGAACGUUUGUCUUCUGAGGGAAAAGGCAUUACCAAGGACUCACCACUAAAUCCAGACAAUUCUUUGAAUCCUGCCAGUGGAGAUCCUAUAAUCACUGAUACCGCAGUCUCCAAGAAUUUUCCUGGUGGUGUGCCAGUCUCCUCAGGUUCAGCACUAGUGGAUACAUCAUCUCCCCAGAGCGGUCCCCAUGAAUUCCAAAUGCAGAAAAACAGUGAAGCUCCAAGUUAUAUAGCUGUACCUGACCCCAGUGUCCUGAAGCAAGGCUUCUCUAAAGACCCUUCAACCUGGUGUGUGGAUGAAGUGAUACAGUUUAUGAAACAUAAAGAUCCUCAGAUAUCAGGCCCCCUCGCCGACCUCUUCAGGCAACAUGAAAUUGAUGGAAAGGCUCUGCUACUACUCAAAAGUGAUCUUGUAAUGAAGUAUAUGGGGCUGAAGUUGGGGCCAGCUCUAAAGUUAUGUUACUACAUUGAAAAACUUAAAGAAGGGAAACACAAUUUUAAAAAUGUAUAAGUUUAGAUUAGCCAUAAUUCUCAGUUGUCCUGAUAAUUUAUUAACCUAAAAAUAUUUUUAUUCUCUUAGCAGUUUUAGUUUUCUAGACAGUGCCUAAAAAGAUUGUUAUACGCAGAAUUGCAGAGCUACAUUACAGUCCAGUCUGUUUCUUUAAAUACCAUUUUAUGUAUUAGUAUUAGCAUAUUCAAAUUGGCAACUUCUUUAUGUCUUUUUAUUAUUUGAUAGUUUAUUAUUUUAUCAUACAGUUUACAUGUAUACUUCUUGUAGGAAACAGAAACACCUUUGAUUUCAGUUAAUGUUUAUGUAUAGAACUAAAACAGCUAAAUCCCAAAGGAGAAAGUAUCAGGGAUUAACAAGUUCUCUAAUGAAACCCAUGAGAGGUUUUCCUUAGAAGAGAAUUUAAAGAUACAACUGCAGACAUCAUCUCUUUCUCAAAUACUUUUUGUCUGUUAUAGCAGUGUUCUGUAUUCUGUUAUAGCAGUGUUCUGUUUGUGUUCUACCCAUUUCCAGAAACGGAAUAGCCAUAUAAAUUAUUUUCAUUUUGUUAUUCUUUCUCUGUAUGUUGUAUUUCUUCAUAUUUAAAGGUAAAAGUAACUUUAUAAGCUUUCAUAAAGUGUUCUUACCAGUUUUUGAUAAACUUCAAACAAUUAUAGGGUAGAUAGAAUAGUUGUUUUAUGCAGGAGAUAUACUACAAGGGUGGCUUGGAUGGAAUCUGGUUAAUUUUUUUUUAAUGGAAUACCUGUUAUUUUAAAACUUAACAUAAGUAGGCAUUCAUUUCUCACAUCUCUAUUUGAAGACAACUGUGCCCAAAAUUUUAAAAGAUAUAUAUUUUAUUGUCUGUGUUUAUUCCUCAUAUGGAUACUAUACAAUAUUUAUAUAUUAUUCUAUACCUGUAGGUAUACAAAGAAGUAAAUCUGUUCUUUUUGUAUCUUAAUAUGGCACUUUACACUGCCACAGAGGUAAUGAUAAACUAUUUAUAUAAUUAGACGUUUUUAUUCUGUAAAAAAAUAUGUUCAUCAUUUGCUAUCACUAGUACCUCUCAGCUUAGUCUUCAGGGGAUAAGAAACAAUUCAUAGAUUGGUUUCCAUACAGGGAAGUUCUCCGUCCUAUGCAAUGUUUCUAAUUAAUUUGCUUAGUUCUGAGCCAUUUAUUCUGCUAAAUUUUGGAAGAUGAAUUAAUUCUGACUUACCAUUUGUGCUUUAAUUUUAAAGUAGAAAUUUCAGGGGGAAGUGGUGCUAUAUGUUUAUUCUUAUUACUUUGUAUAACUUUGGAGUAAUGUUUAUAAACUAUGAGAAUUUGUGCUAAACGUAUUAGCCACUUGUUGAAAAUGCCAAUGAAAUAUGUACCAGGGGCAAGAAUGUACAUUUUAUUUUUUUAGAAAACCAAAUGUACUUUAUACCAGAAUGCAGCUAUUUAAAAGGUGGUUUCACCUAUGUUAUUUCUUUUGUGUUAUAAGAUAAAAUUCUAAUUUAAACUUAGUCUUCUCUCAAAUUGUUUGAGUGAAAGUGCUGUGUCCAGCUGAACAGUCCUCAGGUGUUUAUACAAAUACUAUGUUUUACAGUUCUCAAAAUUUAAAAUAUAAUAAAGUUAAAUAACUACAAAAACUA